UUCCGUCGGCGUCUGAGGCCGGGAGGGAAGGAGGGAGGGGACUGGCGAUGGCAGGAGGCGGCCGGAGCGGCGGAGGCGCCGGGCGGCGAGGGAGGCUGUGAUGGAGCACCUGGGGCGCUAAGAGGAGCCUCGUCCUGUCCAGGGCCCCGGCAUGGCUGGCCUCUUCAAGAAGCAGAUCCUGAAGCACCUGUCCAGGUUUACAAAGAACCUCUCUCCUGAUAAGAUCAACCUGAGCACACUCAAAGGACAGGGGCAGCUGACUAACCUUGAACUAGAUGAAGAAGUCCUGCAGAAUGUAUUGGAAUUGCCCACCUGGCUUGCCAUUACUCGGGUCUUUUGUAACAAGGCUUCCAUCAGGAUCCAGUGGACAAAGCUGAAGACUCACCCAAUCUGUCUGUUAUUGGAUAAAGUUGAAGUAGAGAUGCGGACAUGUGAAGAGCCCCGGCCACCCAAUGGACAGUCUCCUAUUGCCCUUGCUUCAGGACAAAGUGAAUAUGGCUUUGCUGAGAAGGUAGUAGAGGGUAUGUUUAUUGCUGUCAAUUCCAUCACCAUCAAGAUCCACUCCAAGGCCUUCCAUGCUUCUUUUGAACUGUGGCAGCUUCAAGGAUACAGUGUCAACCCCAACUGGCAGCAAAGUGACCUCCGCUUCACCCGCAUCACGGAUCCAAACAGGGGAGAGGUUCUAACAUUUAAAGAACUCACCUGGCAAACGCUUCGCAUAGAGGCAGAUGCUACAGAAAACGGAGAUCAAGAUCCUGUCACCACCCCGCUAAGACUUAUUACGAACCAGGGCAGAAUCCAAAUAUCUCUUAAGAGAAAGACAAAGGAUUGUAAUGUGGUGGCAUCCAAGCUCAUGUUCCUUCUUGAUGACUUGCUGUGGGUGCUGACUGAUUCUCAGCUGAAGGCAAUGAUGAAGUAUGCAGAGUCCUUGAGUGAAGCCAUGGAGAAGUCAGCCCAGCAAAGGAAAAGUUUGGCUCCUGAACCUGUCCAUAUCACACCUCCAGCUCCGAGUGCUCAACAGUCCUGGCCUCAGUCAUUUGGGAACAGCCACAAAGUGAUCAGCCAGUACUUCGAGAAACAUGAUAUGAAAGAGUCUUCCUACCACCUUCUCAUCUCCCGUCUAGACCUUCACAUCUGUGAUGACAGUCACACCCGAGAGACAGGUGCUUCCAAACAUGGAAUAAUGGGAGGUGCAAUGCAACUAACAUUUAGGAGGUUGGCUUUUGACUAUUAUCCUUUCCACUGGGCAGGAGACAGCUGCAAACACUGGGUGCAGUAUUGUGAGGCCAUGGAAACCCGGGAACAGUGGGCAGAAAAGCUGGUGAAUGAAUUCCAAAGCAAGAUGGCAAAACAUGGUGAAAAAAUAAGCUCUGCCUUCUCCAAAACCACAGGAAAAGAUUCUCCCUUCAAAAAGAGACCAGAUGGUCUUUCUAGUUCUCAAACAAGCUCACCAGAGAAAGGGAUACCUCAAGCAAGCAUGCCAUCACCUAUCCUAUUUGGACUCCAGCGGCCUGCAUGGAAUAGACUCCGAUCCAGCUGUGUGGUUGUCCGAGUUGAUGAUUUGGAUAUUCAUCAGGUUUCCACAGCUGGACAACAUAGUAAGAAACCCUCAACCCUGCUCUCAUGUAGAAGGAAACUGCUGAAUCUUCCUGAUCAUACCUCAGCUAUUCAUAUUGAGUUCACUGAGUACUACUUCCCAGACAAUCCAGAUUUUCCAGUCCCAUGCCCAAAUUUGUACCUGCAGCUGAAUGGUUUGAUAUUCACUUUGGACACAGUAAGCGUGCUCUGGGUGAACUUGUUUUGCCUUGAUCUCUAUCGCAGUUUACAGCAAUUCAAAGCUAUAUACAAACUAGAGAAUUCUGGCAAGCAGGAUGAGCACAUUGAUGUCAGACUGGAUGGCUUCAUGCUCAAGCUAAACAUCCCGGUGGAGAAGAAAGUGGUCGAUCACCGGGACCGUCCCCAAUGCCUAUCCAUUCGCGCAUCAGAAAUAACAGCUACCAACACAAGGCAUGCUCCACACUGCAGUUGUUUAGCUCUCCAGAACCUGUUCCGUAAAUUUGCUGCUUCAGAAUUCUUCCACUCCAGCUACACCCAGUUCCCUAAAUUUCAGGAUAACUUCAGCCUCCUGCACACCCUCUUUUUACGUCAUGCUUACCAAGUGGACACUAAAGCCCAGAAACAUGCAGACUUUCCCCUUUCCCCCGGCAAGUCCUCCGCUUCUGAAGACCUUUGGUCUUUCAAUUUCGCUGAGCUCUCGUUGGACUUUGAGGGAGCAAAGAGCUCAAAAGGCAAAGCCCUUAACUUUAUUCACCCAUUUCCACUCUGUGUCUGGGCCUGCCUCCCAAAGAGAUGGGAGGUAGCUCAAGCAUCAGUGCCGCAUGUCUCUUCUGCCUCACCAGCUAAAAUCAAACCUUCCGCUAGCUUUAGUAAUCAUGCCAAACAUCAGCACCUUUCCAGAGAAGAGCAGUUCUGCCAAAGAUCAAAGACUGAGCAGGAUUUGAAAAGCAUCUACCUCGCCCCAGAGACAAAGGAAGACUUGGAAGAAGAAAACCACAUUGUUAAUGGUGAAGGAAAUGUUGAUGAUGUGGAAGUGUCUGCAGAUGUCCAUGUUCUUCUGUAUUCAAGUGCACACAUGAAGGUGCGACUCAACCACUACCAGUAUUUGAUGCUACUUAGGAUGAAAGAAGUUCUGUUGACAUUUCAAGAGCAGUUGACCCAAGACACUCAGGAAAUAAUUGGGUCCCCUCUAGAUUCCAUAACCACUUGUAUGGGCGUCAUGUUCGGCAGUGCUGAGCUGGCCUUGCUAAUGCAUCCUACUCCAGAUUCUGCAUUGGAACCUAGGUCUGUUGACUCAGAUACUACAAGCCUUAUAGAAUCAGAACUCUCCCCUUCAGAGAGCAGGGAGGGACUGGUUCCUGAAGGCGGAGAGCUGAGAUCGGACGCUAGCUCAGAGAAGGAAGAUGGCAGCCCCAUGAAAGUACUAGAAGAUAGUGGAAUUGAUAGCACAGAUGGUGUGGUGGCAUUGCAAGAUGGAAUGCUAAAAUCCCAGAGUGAUGGAGCCCUAGUAGGAGAAACCACAGUAGAACGAGGUCCUAUAGAAGAAGCACAUGAAGCUGAAGAAGUCCUUGGUGCAGAAAGACCAAGUGAGCUUGAAAAUUUUUCUCCAACUCCUCAAGGUCUUCCUUCUAGCCCAUCUUCCUUUGUAGAUCCUUUAGGUGGCAUACAAGUCUCUCUAAAUGGACAAGAGGAGCUAAUCCCUCUGAAAAGCAUGGAGCUGGAGUUAUCUAGUGCACUGCAUAUAACUAAGGGUGCCACCAAGGAAGCCUUGCAUGUGACUAUGGACCUCACCAAAGAGGCUAUGUCAAUGACAAAAGAUGCUUUCAGCUUAAGUAGGGAAAAGAUGGCUUCCACAAUGCAGAAGAUGUUUGUCCACCCCCAAAUUAAGGACCCCACACCAAAGACUGAAGAGGGGCCGUUGACUCCAGUGGGAGGCAGUAGUGGGCGAAUGCGUUUCUUCUCCAUGAAAAGGACUGCCUCCCAACAUUCCUUUGAUACCAGCUCUCUAGAUGGCAGUGGUCCUGAAGAUAGGUUGUCGGUGGAUAGCGAUGGCAGUGAUGGUUUUGUGAUGCUUAUAGAACCUGAGUCUAGCCUGGAUCCUCUUACCCCUGGGCACAUUCCCCAAGUCCUUGAUGAUGCAGGCCACAGGUCAAGCCCAAUGGCAGAUGAGGAAAGAGAAUCAACAUAUAUCAACAGCUCAGCUUCUCCCAGCGGACCAGACUCCAGCCCCCAGAUGGUAUCUGUCUUGGUGUUGAAAAUGAAAGAAGUAAACUGUGUGAUAGAGACGAAAGGAGAUGAUAUGGGACUUGCCCUUCAGGUUAUGGAGCUAACUCCUGCGCCGCUAGGAAAUCUAAGUAUGUGGCAGUUUCUGCAAGGUGACUGCACAGGAGAGCUAAACUCGGAGAGACCUCAAACCAGUGAAACUAACCUGACCCAGCCUGAAGUGUCUUUACAAUAUGAAAUAGGACCAAGUGCUGCAGUGCAUUCACCUCUGGCUGUUCAGAAUGGUUUUUUCCACAUGCUGAUUCAUAGCUAUCGUGCAGAGCUGCUGACAUCCUUUGUUUCCAGCCUUGGACCCUUCCUUGAGGAUGAGGUGAUCCCUGAAGUUAUUCCCAUGAAGAUUGAAAUUGUGGACACCAAGAUUACACUGAAGGAUGACACUCCUCGAAUAUACCCUACUUCUCCUGGUCCUGUGCCUUUAAUCCUUGCAGUGGACCACGUUGUUGUUUGUUGUGAUGAUGAUGGAGUAUUCUGUAUAAAAGUUGCACAGGGGGAAGGAUCUUCUAUGCAGAAGAGGCUUCAGAAAGAUCAUAAGAAACAGCGGAGAAUUUCUGCAGUUUCAGCAGGAAGCAGUGAUGAACUUCAGCUAAAAGAAGUGCCAGCUUUGGAGAGAGAACUACAGGUCACAAAAAAAGCCCUUGCAGAAGCCAAUCUGGACAAAAUACGCCUACUACAGGAAAUAAGGAAAUAUGAUCCUCUCUUCCAGCUUUGACAGCAGAGGACUGAGCUACAGAUGCUCAGGGCAACCAGAGAUCACCAGCAGCAUAAAAAAGCUUGCUUGUUACAUUACAGCUACCUAGGCCAUCUUCAAUCCAGAGUAACUGCCUUGAGGAGCAGAAACAGUGUGCCAUUACAGGAGAUGGAACAUGGAAAUGGACAGGCAGUGAGGAAACGUGGGAAUAUGAUGACCUGGAGUGUUCGGUUUUGCAGCCCAUAUCCAGAUAGCAUGAAACUACACUUCAGCUGAAGCAUGGCAGCAUUGAAUCUAAAAGCUGCAAAGCCAAACAAGGAAGAACUAGGUUUCUGUCCCAUUCAAGUUGUCUGAAAGUGGUGCUGAAAAAUGAAUAAUCUUUCUCAUCAUCUGCUUCAUUCCUGCUUGAGGUGAUGGGUAGCAUUGGGGACAUGUAUAUUAUACACCAAAACAGUAAGGGUCAGUCUUCUUUGUUGAAGCAUUCUUAACUAUUGAAAAUAAAUUUCAUGGAGCUUUGGUGCAGUACCACGAGCCUGAAGCAUAGAAGAACGAGGGGUGGGGUACAGGCUGAGCACAGGAAAGGGUACUAGGAACAGAAAGUAUAAAAUUAAUCAGACCUGAUAUGUGUUUUGGUGGCCAGUUUCCCAUUAAACUGUCCCCCCCCCACUUGUCUUUUCCAGUAAGACACUUUGAGUGGAGCAUUUCACUAGCCUUCCUCCCACUUCUUCAUAAGCUCAGUUGACCUUCACCAUUGCCUUCUUGCAGUAUCACAACCCUUACUGGGUUUAAUUUAGUGAAAAGCUGCAAAUGUCCUGUCCUUGACAGCUGAGACAUGUUGGAAGCACUUUUCCUUUGCAUUACACUACACAGAUAAGCCUGGGCAGCACAGAGGAAGUGGGUUCUGCCAAUUCCCUCUAGGUCAUGCUCUGCCCUUAGCAGUUCAUUUGGUAAAUGAUGAACCACAAAGUAUGCUGCAACUUUCUGUAAUCCAGAUUAAUGCUGGUUGAAAUUGUUCUAGUGUGCAAGAGUGGCUAAACGCUCAACCCUUUCUUCUUCCUGCUGUCACGCGUUGUUUGCUAUUUGGAAUGAAUGAAACAGCAAUUAAGCUCUGGAAGAGGCUUGGCCGCUGCUAGUUUUCUUGGAUGUUUCCGUAAAGAGGUUGUGUCCAAAACAAUUUUAGAGGGGAUUUUGCUCUGAAGCAGUUUUAACAAGGCAUGAUGAAGCCUACAUAGAGGGAAAUGGUAAAAGCAAGGAGGAAAGAAUGUCUCCAGGGAUUCCAGCCUUAGAUGCAGCCUGUAAAUUAGUGCAAUAUGACUCUCCAAGCAGUUAAAGCCAGUCUCAGGCAAGUAAACACAGUCUAACAAUUUACAACAGAAGGCCUAUGCUUGCUCACUAUACAUGAACUAACUACCAUAUUGAAGAUUACAGAAAUUAGAUGUUAGUUAAGCCUCUAAUGAAUGGCAAGCCUAUAAUGAGUUCUGUGCCUAGUUGAAUUAUUAUUCUAUUAUUUAUUGAAUUUAUAUACCGCCUAUACUUGGGGGGUGGGUCUCGGGGCGGUUCACAGAAUAAAAUCAAGAUAUAAAACCACAAAAUACCUAACAAAAAUAAAAACAACAACCCAAUAGCCUCCCCCGUCCAAAACCCCCCCUACAUUUUAAAAGGGCAUAGGGUGUAAAUCGUGAAGGUAUAUUGUACAACACUCCUGGAACUGGGGAAUGAGCAAUUGUGUGAAUGCUAACUCACACUUCUCACCCUCCUCCACCAGCCAUUUUGUUCUACUUUUUAAAAUUUUGUGUUAUCGUUGAUAAACACACAACUCAACAAAAUGUUAGUUGUUGGCCAGUCUCUGAAACUGACUUUUUAAGAAAACAGCUAUACUGUACAUCCAUGUCCCUAAGAAGCAUAUGAGACCCAGUAGAGCAAGGAUGGGGAACCAGUGGUCCUCCAGGUGUUGCUGGACGAAAACUCACAAGAACCCUGAUUGUUGGACAUGCUGGCUGGAGCUCGAGUCCAGCAACAACUGGAGGACCACAGGCUUCCUGCCCCCGCAGUAGGAAAACAAAUGUGGAAGAGUGGUGGCAAGCUCUCUUGUGAAGUCCUGCAAGAUUAAACUAGAUAAUACAAUCCUGUGCUACACUCUACCAAAAAGCCACCCAUAGCAUCUGACUUUUUGUACCCUUGGAUAUGACUACAUUUAAUACUUUUGUGGGUUAGUCUUUGUAGUGUGUUAAAACACUAUUUUAAUGUUGUAUGGAUGCAAAACAAACUGAUGAUACAAUAUGCACUACAUUCUAGCAACAAGGGUUGCCAAUUCUUCCCAAACCAUAUGCCUGGAUGCAAAUUCAAAGGCUGUUCUUGUCUUUGUGAAUGAUUAGGCUGAUGUAUACGUGCCUGUGCUGACUUUUGAUAGUUUUUAUCCCUAAAAAGAAAAUGUAGCUACAACAUAUAGGCCUGAAUGUGUUCUUACACAAUUUUCAAAAAGUGCUUAAUUUUAGAAUAUUAAAACUGGAGACAUAAGAAUCAUGCUUAAUACAGGUAUACACAGAUGUGGCUGCUAAAAGUAUGAUAUGGAUUAAGAUUGGUCAGAUAAGAGGAAUUAGUGGGUUUAGUUUAAGUCAAGUAUCUUACAUUUAGGGAAGAAGUUUCUACUACUGCACAUGUUGGAUUAGUCAGACUGGGUUAAAGUGUCAAAGAUAUUUAAAGGGUAACCAUACACACACAUGACUGGUUUCUUUUUAUUUUUAAAAAAUAAAAUCACAAAUCAUAACAGUGGAAUAAGUACCAUAAAUAGUCUGAGUUAUGUAAUGUCCCAUCAAAGCUACAGCCUAUAUUAGUAUAGAGUUCAGAACAAAAUGGAGCAUGAAGAGGGUAAUGGGCUAUAACAUAAUAAGCAAUCUUGCUGUAAAUUAGUAGUAUUUUAAUGGUUAACCAAUCUUAUCUAGUACUUAUUAAACAGUUUGUAGCUGGAGGCAAUGCCAUUCCUUAGCUAUUGCUGCAGAAUGCAACUUUUUGUGUCUGACAUCUGCUUGUCUGCCUUGAUCUGAUUGCCUUGGAGCAGUCACUGUGUGACCUUCACUAUGUGAAUCAGAGAGCAGCUUAAAACAAUUUUUGUUCUGAACCGGGGAGGGGGAGAGAGAGAGACUCUGUCUUCAGCUGCCUCAGAUAAUUUGCUAGCCCUCAAGGCUAGCAACGGGCUGCUGUACUCCAGAAAGCUUUGCCAGCUGUGCUGUGGUGCUGUCACUUUCAUUAAUUCAUCAGUGGUGAUUUCUGCAUAUCGGGCUGCAUGUGCUGUAGCUUCUGCUUGUUCAUUUUCUGUGCAGUGAACUAUGGCUGAUGCCUUUUUCCUAAGGCAUCCUAUUUAAAACACUCCCUUCAAUCCCAGGCCACACACUGGAGUAAGCAUGAUUCACCCUCUCCAUAUUGGAAAAUGCCCAAGUGGGGCAGCCCUUCUUUAAUGCAGUGGCAGAAAAACUCUAUUAAAAGAGUAGUAUGUAUUACUGUUGGCUCCUAUGUAUAAAACCACUCUUGCCUAACGAACAGAACUGUUUUUGAAGUCUGUAAAAUUUAUCUUUAUGGGGUUGACAGUGCAGUUCAUACUAUUUGUAGUAUAGUACCAAAACAACACACCAAAUUAAUACAUCUUAAGUAUAGUCAUGCACUUUCUGUGAAUUCAACAAGCAAACAACUAGUUGUUAAGUGUACUACACAUAGAGUAUUUUUCCGUACAUGCAGUUGCUGAUCAUGCAGUCCAACAAACCUGAACUUUCAGUAAACAAUUCUGCAUAUGCAUAUCUUCUAUUGCUAAGAAAGAAGCAAAAAUAGUCUUGGCCACGGUUAGAUUUUAUAUAGGCCACCCACUGCUUUUUCUUAACUUGAAUGCUAAAAAAAAAAUAUCUAUCUUUUGUUGCAAAAUGCAGCAUGUUAAAACAUGAAGAGACAGAAUGGUACACAGAAUUUAACUGCACAAUGCAAUUCAUGUACUUUUGUCCUGCUGAAAAUAGUUUUUUUAGCAGUUUCCAGUAUCUUUUGGAGGGCUUAAAAUAAGGCAAAGUAUAGCGAAGAUAUACUGGUAUGUUAAGUUUAUGGUGUGACUUGUUUGGUUUUAAUUACUGAUGGUAGGAAGAGCCUUGCUUAUCAGCUUACUGUGGUGGGCAUGGUCCAGAUGCUUCCCCCCAACUGAGGAUUAAUUUAUUCCUCUACUUUUACUACUGGAAUAGGGAGGAAAUCCACUGAAGCUGAUACUGAGACGCUGGACUACUAAACUGCAUUACUGUUCUGUUCUUAAAGACACUCCCUUUUUUCAGUGCUAUAUUUAAAUGUAAAAAGAAGUGAAGAGCAAGACUUACUACUUUGUAAUACCGUAACUUAUAUACCAAGGGAUUCUUACUUGUUGCAAGGCUCUCCUAGUUUCUUGUGGCUCCUGCUGUAACUAUGACCAGGAAUGCUACAAGCACAGGUAGAGUACUGGGUACAAGGCUGACUUGAAUCUAAAGUAAAGCAUUCAACAGUAUUGGAUUUUGCUGCAAUAUACUUUUUCCUCCUAUGAUUGUAUUGGUUCUGUGAACCACUUCUGAGUUAUAAAUUAAAUUGAUUAACUCUG